AUGCCUGUGGGAGUGAGUGGAGCUCUGCUGCUGCUCCUGCUGCUCCUCUGUCUCCAGAACUGCGACUCGGACCAUCUACUGUUCCCUCACUCUCGGUCAGGUCGUUUGGUGCGUCCCCACGACAACUUUACCAUCGUCGUUCCUGAGAAGGUGGACGUUGAUGGUCGCUUCAUCUCCCACGUGCUUCCACACCGACUCUCCAGCAGUGGCGGGCGACGACGACGUGACACAGACGAACACAACAGCAAACAUGUUUAUUACAAACUCAACUUCUACGGUCAGGAUCUGACCCUCAACCUGACGGUCAAUCAGAACCUGCUCUCACAUGGAUAUGUUUUAGAACGGAGACUGAAUAACGUUAGUGAACAUGGACACCAGACUCGAUCAGAAAACCAGUGUUACCUGAUCGGCACUGUCACUGACGGGGAUGUGGAGGGAACCGCCGCCCUGAGCACCUGCAGUGGACUGACAGGACUGCUCACCCUCCCAGCAGGAGUAUUUCUGAUUGAACCUGUGAAGGGUCACACACCUACACCCUCACAGCCUCAACACCCACACGUCAUCUACACCAGCUCAUCCUGGACCGAGCUCAGGACCCGCCGCAGUGCCAGCUCACGCCCACAGCGCCCCCCGCACAGUGCCUGCGGGGUCAAAGACUCUGAAGAGAACUCUCAGCAGGAACGUGAACUUUGGGAGCGAGGGCAGCAGGACCUGAGGGAUCAGAACCAGAGGAGAACCUCACGGCGUUCAGUGAGCACGGAGCGCUGGGUGGAGACGCUAGUGGUGGCCGACUCCAAAGUGCUGCAGUACCAUGGCAACGACAACGUGGAGAGCUACAUCUUUACCAUCAUGAACAUGGUGGCGGGUAUUUUCCACGAUGCCAGUAUCGGUAACGCCAUCCACAUCGUCCUGGUACGACUGAUCCUGCUGCAGGGAGAAGAGAAAGGCCUGAAGAUUGUUCAUCAUGCAGAUUCGACUCUGUCCAGUUUCUGUAGCUGGCAGAAGAACCUGAACCCAGUGAGCGACACCCAUCCUGCCCACCAUGAUGUAGCGGUGCUGCUCACGCGGAAGGAUAUCUGUGCGGGGGGGAAUCAGCCCUGUGAGACGCUGGGACUCUCUCACCUGUCGGGAAUGUGCCAACCGCACCGAUCCUGCAACAUCAACGAGGACUCGGGACUUCCUGUAGCCUUCACCAUAGCGCACGAGCUGGGACACAGUUUUGGGAUUCAGCACGACGGACAGGGGAACGACUGUGAGGCGGGGGGUCGCCAACCCUUCAUCAUGUCCCGUCAGCUCCAGUACGAUUCAUCACCACUCACCUGGUCCACCUGCAGCAAGGAGUACAUCACACACUUCUUGGAUCGUGGUUGGGGUUCCUGUCUGGAUGAUCGUCCGUCUAAGAAGGACCUGACCACAGCUCUGAUCGCUCCGGGGGUGCGGUACACCCGCCAGCACCAGUGUCAGAUGCAGUACGGACCCAACGCCACCUUCUGCCCCGAGAUCGAGAACGUGUGUCAGAUCCUGUGGUGCUCUGUAAACAGUUCCUGCCGAUCCAAACUGGACGCCCCUAUAGACGGAACCAGGUGUGGACCAGGGAAGUGGUGUAUCUCAGGUGAGUGUGUGCUGGUGGGGAAGUUACCUGAGACGAAGAACGGUGGGUGGGGCCAGUGGAGCACCUGGUCUCACUGCUCACGUACCUGCGGCUCCGGGGUCCAGUCGGCCGAGAGAGAGUGUGACCAGCCUAAGCCGGCGUUCGGAGGGAGGUACUGUACGGGUGAGCGCAGGCGCUACAGGAUCUGUAACACGGCGCCGUGCGCUAAGCAGCUGCCGUCGUUCCGGGAGAUGCAGUGCAGCGAGUUUGAUACCGUACCCUACCAUAACCAGCUGUACCGGUGGAUCCCCGUCAGUAACAACGCGCGACCCUGCGAGCUCCAGUGUAAGCCGGAGGAGGAGAACUUCUCUGAGAGGAUGCUGGAGGCCGUGACGGACGGAACGCCGUGUUUCUCCAACAGCAGCUCCAGCGUCUGCAUCAAUGGUGUGUGCAAGGCGGUGGGAUGUGAUUAUGGGAUAGACUCCAGGGCGGAGCAGGACUCGUGUGGAGUGUGUUUGGGUGACGGUUCCAGCUGUGAGAGCGUCCACGACACUUACGAACAGAGAGACGGGCACGGGUAUGUAGACGUGAUCCUGAUUCCGGAGGGAGCGAGGAACAUCCUGGUACAGGAAGUGGAGGAGGCGGGGAACUUCCUGGUCAUGAGAGCCGCCGAUUCGGACCGUUAUUACCUGAACGGGAAUUACCUCAUCCAAUGGAACGGCGAGUACCAGGUGGGCGGAGCCAAGUUCUAUUACGAGCGCAGCGGCAAUCUGGAGAACCUCACAUCACCGGGGCCGACGACAACAGCACUCAUGGUGCAGCUGUUGUUUCAGGAGUAUAACCCGGGUAUACGGUACACGUUCACGGUGAAGAAGAACCCCGUCUCCGAGGGUAACCGCCUCCAGGAACCCGUGUACACCUGGAAACACGGAGCGUGGACACACUGCAGCGCCACCUGUGGGUCAGGUGAGCAGCAGCAGCCGGUCCGCUGCUUCAGAGCCGGCGUGGGCGUGGUGAGUGAAGAGUCAUGUGACCCGAGCACGCGGCCGGAGGAGAAACACCGACAGUGUAAGAACAUGGACUGUCCUGCCAGGUGGUGGGUGGGCGGAUGGCAGCCGUGUUCGGCCUCCUGCGGUCCUACGGGGACGAGGAAGAGGACGGUGCUGUGUGUCAGGACGGUGGACGGAGAGGAGCGCGUGCUGCACCCCGCCGACUGCAGGAACCUCCCCAAACCCAAACCGGCCGUCGCCUGUAACCGUGACGUCACCUGUGGGUCGGCGUGGGCCGUGGGGAACUGGAGCCAGUGCUCCAUGACCUGUGGUGGGGGGGUGAAGUCUCGGACCGUGACCUGUGGGUCGCCCCACCAGAGCCGCUGUGACCCUGCAGCCCGACCUCGAUCUACGACCUUCUGUAACCUCCAGAGCUGCCCUAAAACCCCACCGGAACCUCCACCACCCCCUUCCACCCCGGCACCACGUCACCGCCCUGAUGAAGCCACACCCACAUCAGCCAUGCCCACCGUGAGCACCGCUCACACCCCGACUCCGAGCGUCCUGCACCCCGACGACGGGGAUUUGAUCCUGGUCAGGAACGACAGGACCGAAACCACCACACCUCCCACACACACACACACCGCCGAGGAGGACGAGGAGGGGAGUUCAGACCCGGACCGACCCCACCCGGGUCCCCCGUACACACCCGGGUACGAUUACAUCACAGACGAUGGACCAGAGACCCCGGUCACCCUACACACACCUGUAACAUCAACACACACACACGCUUAUUUAACCACGCCCACACCGAGCAUGAACACACACCUGCAGACUCACAGUGUCGGGAUCACACACAUCCACACCCAGAAGGUCCUGAGGAACCGGCCCGGCUCAGACACGCCCGUCAGAACACACGGGGUGGUGAAGAACGACCCGGGUACCAACACAGGAGGAUUCUGGGUAGUGGGCAACUGGAGUGAGUGCUCUACAUCCUGUGGACUCGGGGCUGUAUGGAGGUCGGUGGUCUGCAGUUCUGGUCAAGAUUCCGACUGCAGCAGCUCCACCAAACCUGAACCUGCAAAAUACUGUAACCUCCAACCCUGCGCUGUCUGGAGAAAGUGUGUAAGUGGGUGCAGGGAUGACUUGCAGUGUAUGGAUUCUCAGAGCGGCCGAGUGUUGAGACCCUUUCACUGCUCAGGUCAACGACCCCCACCCAGCCCAGAGUGGAGGAGUUCAUCCUGGGGGGAGUGUUCUCAGAGCUGUGGUGGGGGUGUGGAGGUGAGAGAUGUACACUGUGUGGACGAGCCAUCAGGAGAGCACGUCCCCCCCUCACUGUGUCCCGAAAACAACAAACCGGACACUGAGCGCCCCUGUAACGUAGAGAAAUGUAAACCUGCUCCAGGAGCUGCGGUGUGUACGAGGAACAGCGUCUCCACUCACUUCUGCUCCAGACUGAAGUUCCUGGGACGCUGCGCUCUGCCCUCCAUCCAAAAACAGUGCUGCAUCACCUGUGGGGGGUAUAACACCCACCCACCCCUACCCAAAAAAAACAAAGAGGACAGGGGGGCGUCAGCAGCACUCUGAGCCAAAAACAAGCACAUACAUUUAUUCUCAGCUCAGAAGUGAUGUGAAAAAGUAUUUUUCCCCCCUUUCUAAUUAGUCCUUCAUCACAUUGAAUGUUUUCAGAUAAUCGCACACUCUCACACACAAACACACACACACACACACACACACACUCGUCAUGAUGUUAAUAUGCAUUAACUGAAGUGAUCAGGAAAGGGGGCAAAUACUUUUGCACAUCAAUUAUUUAAUAUAAUGAAUGUCUGAUCUUAUGCUCUACACCUGAACCCUGUACUGAAUUUAAGAUGUACACAGGUGUGCACCAUCCAAUCUGAAUCAACACUCCUGUUCACUGAUGUUCAGGUGUUUCAGCCAUGCCCAAUUCUAACAGGUACAUAAAAUAUGUUACAAAAAAACAAAUGAUUGAAUGUGCACAGAUUCUCACAGGCACAUUCUAGAAUCCUGUGAAAAUCCUUUCCAGGAGAGUGGAGGUUGUUGUAGUCUUACCCUGACCCGCCGCUUGACAGUAGGGAGGGUCUGGACAGGACCGGGUGUAACCUGUUGUUUCUGCAACAGCGACUCCUGCUGUCUGGUUAAGGUGUUGGCGGAGAGAGUAGCGUGGGUCUCUGUACAUGUAGGGACUCUCGGUAAGAAUCCACCGCUGGUCGGUGUAAAGAUGCAGCCACAGAGUGUCUGAGGAGGCGUUUGCUAACCUAUGGCCCUCUUUGUGGAAUUGGGUAUAUCCAAAUUGGGAUAUACUUUUUAUACUCACAAAAAAAAAGAAUAAACUGUGAAUGAAGGUGAUGUUCUGUUUCCCAUCAGACAUCAGGAUAAAGGUGCUUUUCAAACCAAGAACAUCGUUUUCAUUGUGGUGCUGCAUACCAAAGAUUUACACUGGUGCUGUUUACCAAAACACAUUAAAACACAUUCAGAGUACUGUAACAGAAACGUGACUUUAAGAGAAGAGUUCAGCUAUAGAACGAAUUUAGAGAAAUAAAAUCUAUCACACUGCAUGAAGGGAAAUAUAAAAGAAUGGAUGGUGCUGCACAGAGAAGAGGGAUAGUGGAAAUUGGUGUGUGACUCUCUGUGCGCUGUACGGAUCUUCAUAUGAACACGCCUGGUGUAGAUGAAAAGAUGCGGACGUUACUGCACACGUGUCGGAGGGGGUGUGUGUUAGUCACGACCCUAUUCAGUCAGUAGUGGAGGUGAAAUACCAUUGGGAAUCAGAUAUGACCAAACUGGGGAAAAUAAAUAAAUAAUAGUUUUGUUGCUGCAGUGAAACCUUGAGUUUGUGAAUUAUUAAUUUUUUCAGCGUAUGUGAACAUGUCAGACGACUGCGCUGUGGUGCUCGCAGUUUGUUCAGAUCUGUGUAUCAGUGUCUGUGCUCAGAAGAUCUAGAUGAAAGUGUGUUAGGCUUUAAUGAAAUGUUAGAUGGAUAUUUUUGGGCUACAGGACUCUCCACUGGUCUCCAGUACAGACCUGAUUCAGUCGUACUGAACAUUUAUUUCUGUGUUUUCUUUUAUAAUGAAUUUCUUGUUUUAUACUGAAUUAUUUGUACAAAAUCUUUAUAUACUGAAGCAUUUCAGCACCACUGGACUGUAUU